UGGCUAACACUGCGUGAUUACGAUAGACGAGCCUUUUUUUACUACCGACAAGAGUGCGAUCAUUCUUUUCGCAUUUACUUCAUUCGAACAAAAUUUCAGCAAUCGAGCUAAUUUAAGAUGUUUUACACUUGUGGUCCCAAUGAGGCGAUGGUGGUCUCAGGCUGCGGCCGCUCCCCUCCUUUGCUGAUUGCUGGAGGAAGAGUGUUUGUUUUACCCUGCAUUCAGAAAAUCCAGCGGAUAUCUCUUAAUACUCUCACUCUUAAUGUGAAGAGUGAUAAGGUCUACACCAGACAUGGAGUACCUAUUUCAGUGACAGGCAUUGCCCAGGUGAAGAUCCAGGGGCAAAAUAAAGAAAUGCUGGCCGCAGCUUGCCAGAUGUUCAUGGGGAAGUCCGAGACUGAGAUCUCUCAGAUUGCUCUGGAGACUCUUGAGGGACAUCAGAGAGCCAUUAUCGCUCAUCUGACUGUGGAGGAGAUUUACCAGGACCGUAAAAAGUUUUCAGAGCAGGUAUUUAAGGUCGCUUCCUCUGACCUGGUCAACAUGGGGAUCGGUGUUGUCAGCUACACACUCAAAGAUGUUCAUGACGAUCAGGGUUAUCUCGUCUCUCUGGGUAAAGCUCGUACCGCUCAGGUGCAAAAAGACGCUCGCAUCGGAGAGGCUCAGUUUAAGAGAGAUGCUGUUAUGAGGGAGGCUCAUGCCAUGCAGGAGAAGGUCUCUGCUCAGUAUAAGAAUGAGAUUGAGAUGGCCAAAGCCCAGCGAGACUUUGAGCUCAAGAAGGCCGCCUAUGACGUUGAGGUCAACACCAAGAAGGCCGAGUCUGAAAUGGCCUAUCAGCUUCAGGUGGCUAAGACAAAGCAGCGCAUCGAGGAGGAGAAGAUGCAGGUUCAGGUUGUGGAGCGCACACAGCAGAUCACCCUGCAGGAGCAGGAGAUCACCCGUAGGGAGAAAGAACUGGAAGCUAAGGUCAGAAAGCCGGCUGAUGCUGAGAGAUAUCGUGUCGAGAAGCUCGCUGAAGCAAUGAGACUACAAUUGAUUAUGGAGGCAGAAGCUGAGGCCGAAUCCAUCAGAAUGAGGGGAGAGGCCGAGGCCUUCGCGUUGGAGGCGAAGGGUCGUGCUGAGGCAGAGCAGAUGGCCAAAAAGGCAGAAGCUUUUAAAGAGUACAAAGAGGGAGCCAUGGUGGACAUGCUGCUCGAGACACUCCCACUGAUGGCAGAGGAGAUCAGCAAGCCACUCUCUGCAGUCCAUAAGGUCACCAUGGUGUCCAGCGGAGGGUCAGAAGUGGGUGCGGCUAAGCUGGCAGGAGAGGUUCUGGAUAUUAUGAGUCGCCUGCCGAUGACGGUGGAGAAACUGACUGGAGUAAAAAUUUCACAGGUUCCCUCAACCCGCAUGGGUUAAUGGAGUUCACUGAGACAGAAUCGACUUUAAUCCGCUGUGAUGUUGGAUUUGAACUCUUUCUGUCUAUGUGUGCUUGAAUGCAUGCCUGUGUUAUAUUAUACUGAACCUGGAACCUCAAUGUUAUUUUAGUUGUUUUUUGUUAUCCACCAUAUUGUAACGUUUCAUUUUUUUACACCAGGCUUUGUGAAUUAUAUGCUUUUAUAACAUUUAUAUAAUCAUUUUGUAGGUUAGUUGAAAAGCCUCUCUGAUCUGUAAUGGUUUUAAGGAAGUACAAUCUCAGUUUUUCAUCUAUGAAUAGAUUCUGUCCUUGUGCCUCUUAAUUCUGCUAGGUUUCUUUCAGAACCAAAGUGCAUUUAAGAUUAAUGCAUUUAAAUUUACCUCAAGUGCAUUAUUGAAGCCAUAGUGCAUGUUGCCUUAUAUAUACACGUGGCUGGUUGCAUAAAUGGUUUAAACUAGUCUUAACAAUUUUUUU